AUGGGUCUCUGGGAUUCGCUUCUUAACUGGCUCAGAAGUAUGUUCUUUAAACAAGAAAUGGAGCUCUCACUAGUUGGACUUCAAAAUGCUGGAAAGACUUCUCUUGUGAAUGCCAUUGCUACUGGAGGUUACAGUGAAGAUAUGAUACCAACAGUAGGAUUCAACAUGAGGAAAGUCACAAAAGGAAACGUUACCAUAAAGAUUUGGGAUCUUGGAGGACAACGAAGGUUUCGUACCAUGUGGGAGCGUUAUUGUCGUGGAGUUUCCGCCAUUGUAUAUGUGAUUGAUGCUGCGGAUAGAGAUAGUGUACCGAUAUCAAGAAGUGAACUGCAUGAUCUGUUGACUAAACCGUCUUUAAAUGGCAUUCCUCUUUUGAUCCUUGGGAACAAGAUUGAUAAGUCUGAAGCUAUCUCUAAGCAAGCUUUGGUUGAUCAACUAGGGCUUGAAUCUGUUGCAGACAGAGAGGUUUGUUGUUAUAUGAUCUCGUGUAAGGACUCGAUAAACAUCGAUGCGGUCAUCGAUUGGCUGAUUAAGCACUCAAGGACUGCUACAUAA